UAAAAUAUUAUGUACAUUAAUUUAAAAAUAAUGCAAUAAUCAAACAAUUAGAUUACAUUUUACCAUUUUUCAUAGUUGUUGAGACAAAAUGAAUAUAGAAAAUGCCGCAGUGAAUAUUCUUAAACGGGGCGUCGAAUUAGACACAAACAAAAGGUAUACAGAAGCACUUGUUUGUUAUCAAGAAGGACUGCAAAUACUAGUAGACAAGAUAAAAGGAGAGCCAGAUGAUUCAGUAAAGUCAUAUUUACGUAAAAAAGUUGAGGAAUAUAUGAAGAGGGCUGAGACAAUAAAAAAAAUUGUUGUCCAACAGAAGGAGACUGGUCAAUUUCAUGAGCAGGUGCACAUAGAGAACAAUUCCACAGGACACAGUUAUAAGACUUUAUUUGGGAGGUUUUUAGAUGAGGAGGUCCAGUAUGUUAUUGUGGAGGACCCGUAUAUAAGAAGUUUUCAUCAGUGUCAGAACUUUCUACGCCUUUGUGAAUUGCUUGUAAGGACUUGUAGUAAUUUAAGACAUAUAGAAUUAACAACAGCAAGAGAUGGAAAAUCUGAGAGAGAACAGAGAGAGUGGUUUCAGAAUCUUUGCAGUGAUUUGCGUAAAUAUAGAAUACAGCUCAUUGUGAAGUACUCUGAGACUCUACAUGACAGACAGAUAAUAUUAAGUUCCGGCUGGAUAAUUAAAAUUGGCAGAGGGCUAGACUUUUAUAAAGCACCAGAAAACAAAUUCUGCCUGGGAGUUUAUGACUUAGAUUUGAGGCAGUGUCAUGAAACAACUGUGGAUAUUGUACAUUCAAAGAAUGUUAAACAAUCAUAUGGGUGACUCAUCUGUGAUAAAAUAUAAUCUGACUUUUAUUAUUUAAAAAUAGUGUUUUGUAAACUAUUAGUGACUAAGGAAAGGAUAUCAAACUUUUACUAUAACUACAAACUGCUGUACCUUUUAAUGCAAAAUAAAAUACAGUAUGAAAAUGGUUUU